GUACCGGUGUCGUCGAGGUACGGGGAAUGUAGCCAUCUGGCGGUGUAGAUACUCGCGAUCCAAGAAGGCAAUGCUUCCUCGACGGGGCUGCACAACGCUCGUGUGCGUCUUCGUCAUUGCCAUCUGCCCGCUCGUGCGUGCACAGCUGGGCGUGCCAACCGGAAAUCUCUGCGCUGCUCUGAACAAUUGCAACGCUCACGGACGCUGCGACGCAUUGACCAAGACGUGCACUUGUUACGAGGGCUUUGGCGCUCCGACGGAUAUCACCAAUUAUCGAUCACCGGACUGUUCACUACGAAUAUGCCCGGCAGGUCCGUCAUGGGGAGGGAUCCCAACCAGCGCAACGAUUUCCCACCCCAAGGAAGAAUGCUCCGGCGCUGGAGUAUGUGAUCGCACCACUGGCACCUGCAUUUGCUACUAUGGAUUCGAGGGAUCUGCCUGCCAGAGGAGUAGUUGUCCCAAUAGCUGCUCUGGUCACGGACAAUGUCUGAGCAUGCGCGAGCUGGCGGCAGCGCCCAGUGCAUUUCCACUAUCGCCUCCUACAAAAUACGAGGGAGAUGUGACCGCGACGACAUGGGACCAAGAUCGCAUCCAAGGCUGCUUGUGCGAUUCAUCCUGGCCCGUGGGUCUCGGCGCAGGCGAAUCGCAGCUCUCGCAGUAUUUUGGACCCGACUGCUCUCGAAUGCACUGCCCUUCAGGUGACGAUCCGAUGACUGCAGUGGACGAAACGGACUGUGAAGGUGUCGUGGCAGACGGUGGCGGCGGCACUGGCGCGCCGGACAACCUGUGUCACGUCGAUUGCGCUAACCGAGGCAUCUGCAACUACAACAGCGGCGAGUGCUCGUGCUUUUCGGGGUUCUACGGCUCCAAUUGCGCUAGCCUUUCACCGCUUGUAUAAGUUGCUUGAUGUUGAAGUGUCAUUGCUUGACGCGGAAGACCGGUUAACAGAUCUUCAGCCAAUCAGCUUUUUCGAAAUUAACCGUUGAACUGCGUCUCUCCUGGCCAAUCAUGGCGACCUGUCGAGCACUGUUGACAUGAUCAUUGCGAAAGUGACGGCGUUGAAACCAGAGCGAUCUCAUUAGAAGUUGAUCAAAUUGCACGUGAUUGUUAUGUUGCCGGCUUGCUUGCUCAACCUUACGGCCUCGUUGCACUC